GAUGGGCACUUCAAGUAGCAGCUUACAUGAAUUACAAGAUAAUAAAUAUCUCCUGCAGUUUUCUGGAAAAGAGGCUAUAAGUCCAAAUGAUCCUUUUUGGAAUCAACUUUUAUCGUUCACAUUUGUACCACCACAUUCAUGUGCUGAUGGUCGGCUUUUAGAAGACAGCAUUAGACCUAUGCUUGAUGCAUUGCUAAAUAACAAUCCACUAACUGGGAAUGUGUCUUCUCUUAUCAAGGUCUUUUUAUUGCAUUCUUCAGAACUGAAGGCUGCUUUGCAGUGUGAAAAUACCGUUUUCAUUUGGCAGGCUUACAAUUCACUUUUUAUAUUGCGAUGCAUAUUGAAAUAUUUUAUUGAAACCUUGGGGGAAGAAGGUAUGAUAAAGCAGUUAGAAGAUGUCCAACAAAAUAAAAGUGAUGCAAACAAUGUAUUGGAACCUGCAAAAUUACUGGAAUCUAUAAUUAAUGCCUUGUUUGAAAUAGUUGUUGAUAUAUCUUUAGAUAACAAUACGUAUGUUAUUACAGUUGAAGCUAUUCAUACUCUGGUAGUUUUACUAUCAGUUCAAAUGUUUUCCUCUAGGCCAGCUUAUUCAUCUGUUGUCUAUUCUGUCGUUAUGCAGGGAAAAUGUUCAAUUCAUGCUCUGCUACUCGUGAAAAUUCUUUUAUAUCAUUAUAGUAGUCAAAGUAAAUGUCCACAUUGUGUUUCUGCUCUAGAAGGGGGGAGUAUAAUUGCUGGACUUGCAUCUGGACUUUGGAAUGUUUUGACAUUCAGUUAUGCUAGAGGUAAUUCUUCAAAAGAAACUUCUAAUGGAACUAUUCUGGCUAAUCAUAGCUUACUUCUAUUAUUAGUGCUAGUUAACCAUUGUUCUAAUGAAAAAGACAUGAAAAAUCCUUAUAGGUCUGCUUUAUUUUCAUUUAAAAAUAUUAGCAGUAGCUCAAAUGAAGCAACAGUUGACAACAUUGCAUCUUUUAAGUUUGAUUAUGAAAUAUUAUUUCGGACAUUAUGCAAUACACUUAAAGAUGAUCAGACAGCACUUUUGACAUAUUUGUUACUACAUCAAAAUCCUAGUUUUCGACAUCAUAUAGUCUUUUCAUCGGAAAUAUACUUACUGGUUGUGCCACUGUUAAAGUUACUGUAUAAUGCUCCUGAAAAGAAUUCUCAUUUAAUUUAUAUGUCAUUAAUCAUAUUGUUAAUAUUAAGUGAAGAAGAAUAUUUUGAUAAACAGAGUCAUAUGAUAAAACUGAAGAAUGUCACCUGGUAUACUGAAAGAGCAUUAUCAGAAAUCACAUUAGGAGGGUUAAUAGUACUUAUUCUUAUUAGAACUAUUCAAUAUAAUAUGACAAGAAUGCAUGAUAAAUACCUUCAUACAAACUGUUUAGCAGCCUUAGCCAACAUGUCAGCUCAUCUACAAAAUUUACAUCCAUAUGUAUGCCAGAAAUUUAUAGGUUUGUUAGAAAAUAUGGGCAAGCGAUAUUUACGUCUUAUUGAUCAGUCUAGGUCAGACUGUCAGCAAAGUGAGGAUGAACUAUUACCAUCAGAUUUAAUGCAGGAUUUGUCAGUAUUAGAUGAAGUACUUCGGAUGCUGCUGGAAAUACUAAAUUCAUGCCUAACUCAUCAGCUCCGUAAUAACAUUAAUUUCCUGUAUACUAUUUUGUACAAAAAAGAUAUAUUCAGUAUGUUUAGAUCAAACUCAAAUUUUCAGGAUAUAAUGCAAAACAUUGAUUCUGUUUUGAUAUUUUUUUCCUCUCACCUAGAAUCUUUAGAACAAAAUUUAUCAGUUUUAGAAGUUUCUGAAAUAAUUAAAUCAGUGUCUCUCCAGUGGUCUAAAGAGAAAAUGAAAAAGUUCCCAGAAUUAAAGUUCAAGUAUGUAGAAGAAGGACAACCAGAAGAUUUUUUUAUACCCUAUUUGUGGUCUGUGGUAUUUCAUUCUUCAGAUAUUUAUUGGAAUUCCAAGAACAUAUUAAUAUUUAAUCCGUAUAAACCAGCAUAGUAUCUAUUUUGUUUUUCGUAUGCAUUCUCUGAUGCAGUUUUUAAUACUCAUUAUCUCAGAGUAUAUUAACCAAAGUAUGCAGAUAUUGCAUUAAUAAAAAAUGAAGACUUUUUUUAAGUAUGUAUAAUUUAUCCUGGAUUUGCUUUAUUUCACUGAAAUUUUAUCAGGUUCGUAAUUUAAAUCUUUUUAUUAUUUAGAAAUGAAUUUAACAUUCUUGCAAAUUUAAUUUUCACCGAAUCAUUUUGUUAUUUUGUUUCAAAGGAAGCAUCAUACGGAUGUCUUGUUGACAUAUGUGUAAUAUGUAUUCAAGCAAUCUAAAAUAUAUAUCAAACACUUUGUGAUCUUCAAGAGGAAUUGUUACUUUUAUUUUAAUGGAUAUUAAGUAAAAUAUUGCAAAUAGAUGAAUGAAGUUUUUAAGCCCAAAUCUGAUCUAAUCUGUAAAAUGCAUAUUAGGUCUGACAUGACAGAAGAUAACAGUAACACAGUCAAAUAAUAUAUAAUCUCUGUGCCCUUGUUUGAUUGAAUAUCAUUAGUUAACAUUGUUUCUGCUGAGAAUGAAUUUCAGUGUAAUAGUGUCUUGUAUUUUGGAUGCCAACACUUAUUUUAUGUUGGGUUUACAGAUCAUUUCUUAGAUCAAAUUGCAAGAGAAGCACAUCAAUGUCAAAUUAAAACUAGACAGUAAAGCAGCCCCGCUUUGAUGUAGAUUUUUGAUUAAAACUAUUGAUUUUGAGGGUGAUCAGACACAGGUAACCUCCUCUUUAGGAGCAAAAAAAUUUUUUGACUCUGAAGCUGAGAGAACUGUACUUGAUCAUCCUUGAAAUCAAAAGUUUUAUUAAAAAUGUACCCCAAACUGGGGGUUUUUCAGGUCUAAUUUAAAAUUAAUUUUUGAGCUUUAACAUUUUCUGUGCUAGCUUAAUUUCAUAUAAAUUAAUAUUAUGUGAGCUAUUUGCAAGCCAAAUUGACUAACUUUAGCCUGAAAUCUUUGAAUUUCUUUUUCUGAAGUUUUUCCAAUUUUAGUUUCAGAUAACUUAGUUAUUGCCAAAACACUUUUUAGUUACAAUAUACUAUAUCUCUAAUAAUGAUGUUUAAAGUGUAAUUAAGGAAUUAGACUUUUUAUGGUAUCUCGAUAAAGUAAUUUGUAUCAAUGUUAUUAAUUUCAUAUGUGUGAUUAAUGGCAUUGUCAUCUCUUAUCUGAAUAAUAAAUUUCCAAAAAUCUAGUUAUUUACCAUAUUGUGUAAAAACUAAAAUUUUGUAAAUAAUUUUAAUAUACUUUUUUCAUCAGAAGAAAUAAAAUAUAUACCAUUCAGUUAAGAGGCUGAGGUUAGUUAUUCAGACCUGAAAAAUGAUGAAUCAGCUAAGACUGAACAGGGAUUUUAAUCUACAAAAAUUAGCAAUAAUUCAAGAAAUCAUACACGAAUUUUUGGGACUUUUUGGUCAUCUGAAUUUAACAAAUAAGUAUAUUGGAUACAAAGCGGUAAUGAUUGCUCUGAUAUCGGGCAGUAUGCCUAGUGGUUAAACAGUAUGUUAAAAGGUUUUGUGAGUAAUUUGCUAGAGUCCAGGUUAAUGAAUUAAAAUUAUUACUUUAAAAAUAUAAUAUUCAAUUUGCAAAAUGAUUAUCAAUUUUAUCUGAAAUGUAUUGAAAAAGUCGCUUGUAAUUAAAGAGAAGAAUCUGUGAAAUCAUUUAAAAUUUAUAUUUUAAGAUUAAAGUAAUGGAAAUGAAAAGUAACAGUAAGACUUCCAAAGUCAUAAUUCUUUCACAUGUUUAAAGAAAUGGAUGAAAGAGUAUUCAUGUAUGUAUAAAAUAUAUUGAAGCUAUGUAUCAGAUGAGCAGUGAGAUGUAAAAAUGCAAAAAUUCCCCCCUACGAAAAAAUUUUGUAUUUGAGACACAGUUUGUGUCAUUAUAUUCCAGCAAUAAAAUUGAUUAAUUAUGUCAUAAAAUAUAUAAAUUCUUGUCCUGCAUCAAUCACUUUACAAGAACUUGCAAUAUUAGGCAGAAGUACAAUGAAACCAUUCUGAGACAGCACUCACUAUUUCAGAUAGUAGUGGUAUUCUUUGAAGGUAGUCAACUUAGUAUAAUCAACUCUACUAUUGAUUAUGCUCUGAAGAACGCUAGUCACUUUGAGAGGUGAUUGCUGUGAAAGGUUUCAUUGUAUUAUGCCUAAAUCAGCAUUUCAGUCUUUUUAUUAUUAUUAUUAUUAUUAUUAUUAUUAUUAAGUAACAAAUUGCAUGUAAUAAUAAUUUCAAGUAUUGCUAUUAGUUUAAGUUGUGAGAAAUAGCCUAGGAAGGAAAAAAGAGCUGAUUUGGUAGAUUGAAAAAUUGAAAAAAAAAUGAAUCAUCCUUUAAUAGAAUACCUGUGUCAAAACAUAAUUUAAAAUGCUAAAACUACCAAACAGCUACAUGUGAUCAUAAUCAAGAAACCAACUGAGCACAAUAUAAUUUUCUGGCAUAGUUGUUAAGCUGUGCAGUUCGUGCAGCUGCUUUAAGAUAGCCAGUUGUGUGAAUGAUUAUAUUGUAGCUUAUAUAACUAUGAUAAGGAAGCAGGCUGUUAGGUAUUAAAAUAUAUCCUAACAUCCUCUUUGCACUCCACUAGCAAAAACAUCUGUCCUACCAUUGGUUGAAAAAUAUUGAUAUAAACCGUAAUAGAAAAUAAUAUAGUGUGGUUAGAAGAAAAAUAUUAUUACAGUGCAUUCUUUUUUAAAAUUUAAUUUUCAUUUCAUGCAACUGCUUAAAAAAUGCUGCUCAUUGACCUGUAAUUUUUUGAAAAGAGAUAUUUAUUCCUUGAAAAGUAUCUAAAUUUAAAUGUUGUAGAAUUUGAGGUGAUUCACAUCUGAAAAGCUAAGUAAGUUGUUAUUGCUGAAUAUCAAAUGAAAGAAAAAAUUUCUGCUUUAUUGCCUGUGAAAAGUUAUCCAUUCCCUUAUCAUUGUUAGCUUAUUACAGGCAAAACUAAUAUAUAAUGCAUUUUGUGUGUAAUAAUUAUAUUUAUUACAAGCAAAACUAAUAUGCAAUGCAUUUGUAUGUAAUAGUGUCUUUUAAUGUUGUAAUAUAAAAACUACUUGGUCUCAGUGUUAUUCUGUCUGUGAAACUGUUUAUAAAAAUAAUUUGAAUUAAAUGUAAUUAUUAUCUUGAAUUCAUGUUGAAUAUUCUAGAAUGUAUUCAUAAUAUUCAAUAAAACAUGUUACAAUUUUCUUAUUAAUGAAUAUUGUUCUUACAUGCAUGAAUAUGUUAGUGUCAAACAAAUGCACUUGAGGGGGGGGGAAUUUUCUCUGUUUCUGUAAAUUGUGUUACAUUUUAAGUGUCAUAAUUCAGUUAAUGAAGCACUGUUAUAAAAAGGUGCUGCAGCUCCAGAUAAUAUAUAUCAUUUAAACUGAAAAAAUGGGAUACAGAUAUGACAAAUUGCUUUGUUAGAUGCUGAAAAUCUGUAUAUCUAAGCUGAGCUUGCAUGUGGAUAAAGCCUAAUGAGGCAUUUGCCUGUAACAAACCAAUAGACAUGAAAAGGCUAGCUUGUUGCAUGUAUAAAAUGGGGAAUAGCAUUACUGCUUAUAGUUAGUUCACUGAUGAUCAGCUAAUUCAGACCUUUAAAAAAAAAAAAAAAAAAAAAGCAGUAAAAAUUAUCUUUGUGCAUAUGGAGAGAAAUAAGCUGUAAAAUUCUUAUGUUCUUUAUUUCCUCUAAGAAUAGGGAUGAAUAGUCAAGUGUAUUUAAUAGAGGUUAAUUUUGUUUGAAAUUACACAAAAAGAAGAAAAAAUGUAAUAGUUAUGAAAUAUCAAAUCUAUAUUAUGACAACAUUUAUGAAAUAAUAGUAAUACAAAAAAGUUAAAACUGCAGUAUGCUGUAACAAUGCAAAACCUGAUGAUAUUUUUUUUUUAAUGUGCUGUAUAAUAAUGCAAGCAACAUUCCUUGAAGGCCUGGCUGUGAUUUCUCUAUAAUGCUGACUAUUACUGCCAUAACUACUUGAGUUAUUCAUAUGAGCAACAGAAAUGCUGUUAUUAACUUCUGAAUUUUUAUGAAAUAUCUUGUAGUAUGUCUCAUAUCUGGACAUCUUUAAAAAUGUGUAUACUUCGAUCUUUCUGGGAAAAAUGAGUUGACUGAGGACAACUAACAAGAACUUUUGAAGAGGGAAAUUUUAUAUACAAUUUAUAAAAGUAUGUAAGAAUUGAAAAACAAAGUAUGUGUGCCAAAAAUGUGAAAAAAUGCACCUUUCUGUGUAGAAGUUGCUAUAAUUUCUGAUAUGUACAAAAUAGUCAUGAAAAGUGCAACAUCAGAGUUCCAUCUUCAGACUUGCUUUCAAGAAUUAAUAAUAACAGUACAUAUUUGCUUCACUGCUGUAACUGAAAUUACUAACAGCAAUUUUGGUAAUACUAUUUUGUGAAAGUUUUAAUAUAUUUGUGCAUGUUAACAUGUUGUGGUGUUUUAUUUUGUAAUUGAAACGUUCCUCAAAUAAUUGGUAGUACAGUAGCACAAAAGUGUUGAUUUAUGUCAUUAUGUCUGUGAUUAUAAUGUUUUUUUUUUCAAAUUAAUAUUUACUAAUGUUAUUAAUUUCUCUAAAUGUAAUACAUUUUUAUUAGUAAUUAUUAAUUAUUGAUCAAUAAACAUAUAUUCUUGUAAAUAAUGAUAAAUGCAUGUGGAUUGUUUAAAACACCUUACAGAUGCAUUUUAAAUUAAUGUGUUUCAGUUCAUUUGCAAUUAAUGCAAGGUUAAAUGUAUUGCAUUGUAUUUCCAGGUAGAACUGUAUGUAGCUGUAAACUUCAUUGUGUAUGUGGCUUUCUGCUGAGAAAACAUAGUGUUUACCCUAUUAAUUAGGAAUUAUUAAUUAGGUAUUAAUUAGGAAUACUUACUAAUUUAUUAAAAUUAUUUUAAUGCAACAUAGUAUAUAUUUUUAUUUGUACAUAUUAAUGAUAAAGAUUAUGUGGUUGUUGCUCUAAAAUGUAUGCUUUAACAUGUGUAAUGUUAUUCAAUAAACAAUGUAAGCUUUAACAAUAAAACAAAAAAUAUAUCCCUCUGAUAGCUCAUGCAUAUCAUGACAAUUAAAAAUGAAGCAGGCAUAAUACAGAAGCAAAAAAAAAGUCAAUUAUUUUCAUUGACUUGUGAUUAUUGCCGAGUACAGCAAUCACUGCUUUUCAUUUAUACUUUAGAUACUUUCAUUUUGUUUAACUAUUUAAUCAAAAAUAAGUUUGAAUGUAAUUUCUCAUUUGUUAAUGCUAUUUGACCUACUUUUAGAGGUUUUUUAAUUUGCAGAAAGGAAUUAUUGAAAAAGAUGUAGUAGAAUGUGUUUAUCUGCGGAAAUGUUGUGAAUAUUCAAUCUUACAGAAUGAAAGAGCACCAGAAAAUUUGCAGUGGUGACAUCAGUAGUAAAAAUAUGCAGCAUAAAUAUAAAAUAAAUUUUUUAAAAAAAUAACCUUUCCUUAUGUUGUGGAAAUUAUAAAAAUAUCUAAUCAGUUACUAGAAAAUUCAGCUCCACUAAGAAAUUAAAAUAAGGUGGAGAAAAAGAAUAUGAAGAGGACAUGCUAGUAUGAGAUUUUGCCACUGAAACAAUUUCAAAGUGUAUAGAGAUUUUUGAUGUGAUUAUAGCAGGGUUCUUUUAUAGUUUGUGUGUUCCAUUUUCUGGCAGUGACUACCUAUCUUUUGUAUAUAUAAUAAAUUUACAAAGAUCAAGUUAUAUGUUCUCUAAAAUUAAAUAAGUGGCUGGAUACUUUACAUAAUAAAUAACUGCUGAAUGAUUAAUGCUAUGCCAGUUUGCUGAAGUAAAUAAUGCUGUGUUAAGUACACAAGGAAUUGAAGUCAGAGAUUGAAAUAAAGUGUCGUAGUGGAAGUGCUAUAGUGAUUUGAGAUGGUUCGAGUACUGUCCAUAAAGAUCCCAUUAUUUCUAAUGGUACUGAGAGUGUAAAUUUUCUUUAUUUCAUAAAUACGUUGUCUUAGAAAAAGAUUGCUGGCAGCUAUAACAGAAGUGGGAGAGAGGAAUACAUUUAUAAAAUAAAUGAAUAAGAAAGCCCUUAAAACAAGCUAUUUAAUUCUAACAACUUGUGAAUAUCCUGCUCAUUAUUUUAAUCCCUAAUGAAACAAAUGGAAUCUAUUCAGAAAUCAUUGGAAGUACAGUGCUUUGCUUCUGCAGAACUUGUGAAUAUUCUGCUCAUUAUCUUAAUCCCUAAUGAAACAAAUGGAAUCUAUUCAGAAAUCAUUGGAAGUACAGUGCUUUGCUUCUGCAGGCAUUGUGAAAGCACAAAUACGCAGAAGAACAAAGUGAAAUAAUUUGACAUAUCUCUUGGAAUUUUUCAUGUAUAAUCUUCUGUACUUGCUAUUCUGAAUGAUAUAAUGGUUCGUGGAGACUGCCUACAACUCUGAUACCUUCAAUCUUGGUUUCAUAUUAAGGCUUAAUCUUAUGUGUGUGUGUGUAUCUUCCUCCCUCUCACAGGUCUACACUUUGUGGUGCAUCCUGGGUAGUGUGCUAAAUGGGAGGCAUCUAAAUGGAUGAUGGGUUUGGCUAUUUCUGAUGAAUACUUCCAAGUACAUGUCUGGCCAUUGGCACAGAAGUAAACUCACAAAAUUUUAAAAAUCACGAAGAUGAUGUAUCAUCUUCGUAUAAAAUAGUAUUAAAAAAGGAAAGCUGUUAAAACUAAUUUAGUUCACUGAAUAAAAUCUGAAAAGCACAUUGCAGUAGUUUCACUCAGCCUUUAACCUGGUACUAUAUUGUGGUUGAUAUUUUUCCCCUGAGGCAUGUGGAAACUUUAUUAUCAAAUGAAUGGAAAGAAUGUCUUAAAGUUCUUGGUAAUCACACAAACCGUCAUUAAGUCAUAUAACCUUUCAUGUGUUUUAAGUCAUAUAACCUUUCACAUAAAAUCAAUUCCAUAUCCUUAUAUAUAUGUCCAGUGAAAUUAUCUAAAAUGCUUCAACUUCUACAUGUGAGACUUAAAAAAAGGUGAUUCUGCAAAAGAAGAUUUCACAACUCUUAUUUGCACAAUGUUUCCCUCUACAAAUAUUGCUUAGCUUUCAAAGACGAUUUUCUGUUUAUGUUCAGUAAAUUUAGAAAUGCUUUGGGUUUUGAAACAGCUGCAAAGUUUUUGUAUAAACUAUUUGGUGAAAAAUGUCGUACUGAAAUUUCAUGAUGAAUCUGCUGCUGUGUGGCCUUUGAAUUUAUAUUGUAAACAUUAAAAUGUAUUAAUUUAAAAAUACAUUUCGCACUAUGACUUUGUAGAAUCAUUAAGUUAUUUUGAAGCAGGAGAUAUUAUAAAUGUACAGUGCCCUCACCCGGACUCGAACCCUGGAUCUCUCAAAUACGCGCAUAGUGUGCUAUCGUUAGACCAUGAAGGCAUGCUGGAAGGAGGGAGAAAAUAUCUUAUAACUUACUGCAAUAAGUUUAUUAGUUAUUUUAUAAGUUUUUUCCUGUUAUUACCUUAUUUAUGCCAUACUGGUUUCAAACACAUUGGCUGAAAGUUAUAGUUUACAGCAAAAUUAGUUUAUAUUUUUUUUUUCCCUGUUUUUAGUCUAAUUUAAAUACUGCACAAUUGGUUUCAUGUGAAUGUAAAAAUAAUUGUUUGUACUAGAGUAAGAAUUAUUAAUUGCAGGCAUCUGUUCUAAUUAUAAAAUCUUUGAAUAACAGAUUUUUUUUAAUGAAUCAGUAUAGAAUCUUAAGUAAUUUGAUUUACUUUGUUAUAUUAUGCCUGUUGCAUGAAAAUUUCAUGAAGGAUAUAUUUCAUCUCAAAAGCUGCAUUUGUUUAAAAUAUAUUAUUAUAUUAUUUACUGAUAGAGCUGUACAUAAUUUCAAAUUUGACUGUGCCUGAUGAUAAAAUAAUGAGAAAUUUAUGUAUCUUAAAUUUUGUAGUGAAAUGAAAGAGAAAAGGUGCUUUCUUUUGUUUAUUUGUUUACUAAUUAAAUAACGAAAUCGGCUUCGUGUUAAUAUGAAAAAAAAAAUCUUUGCAUAGUAUAUAAUAAUUAUUUAUUGUAAAUAUGUAUUUAAAUGUGGAAUCAAUGAGAAAAAUCAGAUUGUUUUAAAGAGUAAGUACAAAAUUUGAUUUUGUAAUGCUAAUUCCCUUAAAUGGAGCUAAUAAAUGAAUUACUAUUUUGUA